CCGCUACAUAUCUAUAGUUUUUAAAUGGGCCAAAACUGGAGAAGCCCAAGAACUACCAUUGGCACUACCUUUUAUACCCUCAAACCCUAAAAUCAAUACAUUUACGGCGCUGCAGAAUUCUCUUCACUCUCCCGUCGUCUCCGUUCUCGUUUCAUUCCAUUUCCGUGUGAAAAUGUCGCUUGGAGAAACUGCUUGCUCAUACGCACUUCUCAUCCUCGAAGAUGAUAAAAUUGCCGUCACUGCUGACAAUAUCACCACUUUGUUGAAAAGUGCUAAGGUUGAUGUCGAAUCAUACUGGCCCAGCCUAUUUGUUAAACUUGCUGAGAAGAAAAAUAUUAAGGAUUUGAUUGCUAGUGCUGCUGGUAGUGGAGCCCCAGGAGCUGUUGCCGCUGCCCCAGUUGCUGCUGCCGGUGGUGCAGCUGCCGCUGCGCCCGUAGUCGAGGAGAAAAAGGAGGAACCCAAAGAAGAGAGUGAUGAUGACAUGGGAUUUAGCUUGUUUGAUUAGGUUCUGUUUUAAUAUAAUUCAGUCAAUUUUUGCUGUGGUACCUUUAGCUAUCUGAAUAUUUUCUACAAAUUUUUAGUUUUGUUAUCACUUGUGUCCAUUUGAGGAUUUGGCAAGUAAAUUUACAUUAUUCUGUCUUCUUUCACUGUUUUGUUUGAAUGUUUCACUAAUAUUAAAUCAUAGAUUUUGUCUGUUA